AUGCCGAAGGUCAACAGUUAUGCGCCUUCCUGGCUAUGCCGGCCCUCGCCUGGCGCAAAGUUCUUGUCCAGUUCAGCCAAAACUCCAGCGGAGAACCAAACCGGAUACAAGGAUAUGAGCAAUGGAGCUACGCGAACGAUCGCUAAGAGGGGAAAUGAAGUUUUCGCUGUUAUUGACAAUGAGAUACGGUGGUCAAACCUUGCCCGACUCAAAGACCAAUGGCAACAAGAGAUUAAGCAAAAGAAGGGAUCUGCUGGUCAAGCUGAAGAGCAAACUGACAACGCCCAGCUCCCUCCCUACAGGGUUUUAGCCGUGCCUGUGUACGGACUGAUCAAACAGAUCAUCCCCUCCCCGAACGGUGCCUUCCUCGCCAUCGUCACUGAACACACCGUUCAUAUCUCCGUUCUCCCCGAUUCUUCACACCUUUCGUCCUCCGACUCGGACAAUAUCCGGCUGAAAACAUAUCAGCUAGGACCGACGACCCAUGUUAUUCCCGAGGCGCCGGUGGUCUCCGCGCUAUGGCAUCCACUAGGGUUGCAAACCAAUCUAGGGGGGUGUAUUGUUACCAUCACAGCUGAUGCUGCGGUGCGUGUGUGGGAGUUGGACCGGAAUAACCACUGGUCCUUUGACCAGCCGACCCUGGCAAUCGACCUAAAGAAGCUCGUUGAUGGGACCUCAUCUGACCAAGACUUCUCACCUUCUGGAUUUGGGAAAAGCAAGGGAUUCUCUGCUGAUGCCAUUGACAUGGAGGUUGCCUCAGCCUGUUUCGCUGGCAAUGGGAACGAGAAAGAGGAUGCAUGGGCGCCUAUGACCCUGUGGGUAGCGAUGAGACCCGGUGAUCUCUAUGCGCUCUGUCCUCUCCUGCCAUCCAAAUGGCAAGCCCCUGCUACGACCAUUCCUUCUCUUUCUGCUGCGAUUAUUCCGAAACUCGGUGCUCUAGAACAAGAGUCCGAGGAAUCGGAGGAGGAGUUGAUUGCCUGCCGGCAACAGUAUGACUGGCUGUCCGAGCUUGAUGAACAAGAGCCUCUAGAUGGGUCUUCUGGAUCAGAAACAAUCCAAGGCGCAGAUGUGUUCACCCGUCCGGCCAAUCCUAGCGCCAUUCCAAGAUUACAGGGGCCUUUCUGCUUCGACAAUGGCGAUGAAAUCGAUGAUUUAGAUCUCUGUGAUCUUCUUGUCAUUGCUGCCAGACUAAACGUCGAGGAUCUCAUGAUGGGCGAAGAAGAAGAACUAGCCGUGGAAACCGGAGAUCAGGACAAGCUUUCGGCAACAGUUAUUUCUCUUACUAGCGGGAAUGGCCGAGUCCACAUCUGUCUGGAGCUCGAUGGUGUUGAAGGACAAUGGCUACCCAAAUCUAGAAAGAACGCGUUCCGAACUCCUCUUUCGGAGCCGACUGAUUUGGUCUUGGUCGAAUCACUGGAUACAAUCAAGAAUGGAGAUGAAACAAAUACAUGGCCUACUUUCACUAAGGAUGUCCAUUCUCCAUACUCGUUCUUUGUCACAACCGCGACGAACGUGGUGUUCCUCUCUCUAUCCGAUUGGGUACAGAGACUGGAGGCUGAAUUGCAAACUGAAGACACCGCAGGUUCCGCUUUCCGUCUCCAGGUUCUCUGUGACGGGAAUGUGAGCAAUCGAGAGAAAAUUUUGCAGGUUUCGGAUGCCGAUAUCAUCACGCAGAAUGAACACCUAGCCUCGUCUCUCGUCUUCUAUGACUUCGACCUUGGCUACUUGCUCCUCACUUAUCAUCCAUCUAACCCUUAUGCAGCUGUAAUGGAUACACCAGAAGAUUCUCUGUCCGUGGAAUUGAACAAAUCGCUGUAUGAGCCCAGGGCGCCAGCGUCAGGCUUGCCUGUUUUGCCCCCAAGCCGGGCCCCGUAUCAAGUUCCCGCCAUUUUCUACGCCAACUCUCCGCUGGAUUCCUUUGUCGAAAAACACGUCCCACACCGGCAACGCCAUACGCUCAAGGAACAAGUGCGCCUAUCUCCUGCGACAUUGGACCUUGUGGCUACUGCGCAUCGCGUGCUAUCUGCUCAUACAAAUGCUCUUGAGCGAGCUGCUUCGGAUCUAUUCCGCCGUUGUGAACGGCUGCAGGGCGAGAUGCAGGACCAAUUGAAACAGCUUGCAGAUGUUGCAGAACGUGUCAAGGGUGUGACAAGUGAGAUUGGAGAAGAUGGAAAUCGCAAGGAGGGAGUCCGCAACGGAGACGCGCUGGAUAAGAGAUUGCAAGCCGCCCAGGAUAGGCAAAGUGAACUGAACCGACGAUACGAGGCACUACGCACAAAGGUCUUGAAUUCUGGAGGUCGCCCUCUGAGUGAAAGGGAGAAGGCUUGGAUAACCGAGGUGAAUGCGUUGUCUGCAUCCCUGCAACAGGGUGCAGGCCAAGAGGAGGAUCAGCCAUUGAUCUCACGGCUGGACACUGUCAAACGCCUUGCUCUGGACCUUAUGGCCCAAACCAAGUCUGUCAUGGGCAAAAUGCCUUCUCCAGAACUUGGAACUCCGUCCUCUCCUGGGGGCCAGCCUAAGGUUCCCCAAAGACUGCAACGGGCCAAGGUUGCAGACGCGAUGAGAAUGGUCGAACGAGAGUCCGCUGUCAUUGAUGCGAUUACUUCCCGUUUAGAACGACUGAACACGAGCCUGUGA